AUGCGUGCUCCGUCGACAGACCUCCUCCGUGCGCUGCGUCACGCAACAGCCACAGCAGCACCGCGACAGUCUCUGCUCUCUGUACACUCGACCCCGUCCCAAAUAUCACGCUGCGUCGCGAUUGCCUCUACACGCCGUCAAAUAUGCCAUACUCCAUCCUCACCGACGAGACAUGUGCGGCGCGCACUCUCGACGACCGCAUCACCGAGUCGCCAACAGACUCCGUCCGGUCCCUCGUCCUCUGACGCAGUCAGCCGCGCCAGACAGAUCAACCCCCGCGCGCCGAAAACCCACGAUCGUGGACCCCCCUCCAAGGAAGACACGCAGACCGACUUCUCCAAGAUGGACAUCCUGGCGAGUGCGGGCGUCGAGGAACCCGCCACGUCCAUCGACGCCUGCACGGCCGACGGCUUCUACUUGAACAACGGCGUGCACACGUCCGGCGGGAAGGGCGUGAUGCUGUUCGGCGGCGAAGCCUUUCUGUGGCAGCCGUGGAUGAUGCCCGCCACUCAUACUACCGCGAGCGCAAGCGAUAGUGAAGGAGGAAAACCACCACCACCACAACCACCACCCAAAGACUCUAGAUUUACAGCCUUCCUCAACCCGCGCGGCCUAUUGACAUUCCCGCCGUCCACGCUUGGUCUCCUCUCCCUCCUCUACCCGAAACCAGACCUCCUCAUCCUCGGCACGGGGCGCAGGCUGUGGAUGCUCUCGCGCGAGACGAGGAAGUUCCUCUCCGAGGACCUGGGCAUCAAGGUCGACGUCAUGGAUACCGCCAACGCCGCCGCCGCGUAUAAUCUGCUGGUCAUGGAGCGAGGGGUUGAGGAAGUCGGGUCGAUUUUGAUUCCCGAGGGUUGGGCUGGUCGAUAG